UUAACAAGUAUAUCGCGCCUGCUUAUCACCAUGAUCGAUGUGAAAGAUCGGUACAAAUGCGAUUAUAUUCGAUGCACAAGAGAGAGUUUGUUAUGGUGUUUGUUGCCUUCUUUGCCUGUGUCGUGUUAGAGGUGUUUAUUGGUCUUGCAGGACCUCCCAUCACUUCCACGAACGAACAAAAAGCUCAUUUAAAUGGGAGUGAAGUGGCCACAGGCCCUUUCAUCAUGAAAACGCCUUUGUUAUCCACAUAUAGUCAACAAUUAUGGGUCAUUGCAAAGCUACUGACAUCUAAUAAUGAUGAUGAAAGGUAUGACAAAAGUUUUCAAAUCAGUAUUUCUAUAGAUGGUAUAACAGCUGAUCGCAAGCUUGUACCAGUCCUGUCUUCGGAAACUGGACACAACAGAACCAGACGUUUGAAGUGCGAAAGGCAAACGUGCGAGGAAUUCGUAGUUGCUCAUCUCGGAUUCCUCGAUUAUAGUUACUAUAUUAUUACCGUUCGUUUCCACGGGCUUGAGAAUUUCCACCAGCGCUAUAGCAUACGCGAGCUCACAUUCUACUUCAAGAACUACAACCCAGCGUUUACAGAGUUUGAAAUAUGGUUUCGCCUUAUGUUCUUGCUGACUGCAUUUGGAAUUAUGUGCUGGUUCGGACAUUCUCUCCGAAAAUAUCCGUUGCACGACUGGUCGAUAGAGCAAAAAUGGAUUUCCAUACUCUUGCCGUUACUAAUAUUAUACAAUAAUCCAUUAUUUCCUAUGACAUUUCUGGUUAACUCUUGGAUACCUGGUAUGGUGGAUGCAAUUCUCCAAACGACAUUUCUCUGUGCAGUUCUCAUGUUUUGGUUAUGCGUUUAUCAUGGUCUUAGACAGAACGAGAGACGCCUUAUCACGUUCUAUUUACCCAAAGUUUUGGUGGUGGGUUUACUGUGGUGUUCAGCUUUAAUUCUGGCAACGUGGCUCCGUUGCACGGAAUUGGAAGAUCCAACUUACAAUUACGUUCUCGAUACGUCGAAUUACUUUGGUUUUAAAGUGUUUUUCUUCACGGUAGGAGGUUUUUACAUCGCUUACCUGCUACUCUUAAUAUUAAGGGCAUACAGUGAAUUGCGCUCGAUGCCGUAUUUUGAUCUUCGUUUACGUUUCCUCACAUUGCUUGCUGGGGUUGUUUCUUCGGUUUGUGGUUGCGUGACAGCCCGUCAAUUCGGUGCUGGUAUUUUCGAGGACAGUUUUGCUUCUCGUCUCACCACGUAUUAUCGUUCUUCUGCUCAGUUUAUGGCCUUGUAUGGCCUUCUGAAUUUUUAUUUAUACACAAUGGCUUAUGUAUAUGCGCCCUAUGCACGUUUCACGAAGAAAGUGUCGCUUUGUUGGAUUUUAGAUUCUUCUAUAACGAAAGACAACCCGGCGUUUUCUAUGAUCAACGAUUCCGACGAGGAUGUUAUUUAUGGGUCGGACGAAGAAGUUGCGUACGGUUCGGACGAGGAUAGUCGACGGCCAUUAACUCGACCACCUCGAACAUCGACAAAUAAUAACAAUUAAAUAAAUAAAUUGAAGG